AUGUUUGAAUCACACAAUUACGCAGUUGCCGACGGUAUUAAUUAUGAAUAUAUUUAUAUUAAGACAAAAGAUAAUUCACAUCCAACCUUAUUAUUUCUUCAUGGUUUUCCAUCAUCAUUCUAUUGUUGGCGUCAUCAAAUUGAGUAUUUCUCUAAGCAAGGAUAUGGCUGUUUAGCACCCAAUUUAAUGGGCUACGGUAAAACAUAUUCUCCGCUGGAUGCAAAUGAAUACAAAACUAAAACAAUGGUUCAACACCUUAUAACACUCCUCGAUCAUUUAAAUGUAAAUAAAGUUAUUGUUCUUGGACAUGAUUGGGGUGUUCGACCGGCAACUCGAUUUGUUUUAUAUCAUCCCCAACGUACAUUAGGUCUUAUUUUAUUUAAUCUUGGUUAUUUUCCACCGGCGAAGUUCGAUUUUGAGCAAAUGUUAUUAUUGACUAAGAAAGCGUUCGGCUAUGAACUUUUUGGCUAUUGGGAAUUUUUUAAUUCUGAUGAUGCAGCGAAAAUUAUCGAAGAUAAUGCGGAUUGUUUCAUCGAUCUUUGUUAUACAAGCGAGCCAAUAUUGUGGAAAACAGAUGUAGCUCCACUUGGUAAAGUUCGAGAAUGGUUAACAAAUCAAAAAACGACAACUCGAGCUUCAUAUUUCACGACUAAAGAUUAUGAAAUCAUACAUAAAUGUAUUAUUGAAGGUAUGCAGCCAAAACUAAAUUGGUAUAAAUCAGCUAUGGCAAAUAUUGACUGGGAUGAUGAAAAACAUCUUGAUCCUACAAUAAAACAACCAGUUCUUUAUAUUGCUGGUACGAAAGACUAUAUAUGUCUUUCACAAUUUUUUGUCGAUCAAAAGAAGUAUAUUGAUGAUUUGGAAACGAUCGAAUUAGAAACUAGUCAUUGGGUUAUGGAAGAAAAUCCAGAGAAAGUCAAUCAAGUAGUUGAAAAAUGGAUUCAACGAUUUAUUUAA